CUCCUCCCCCGGCGCCGGCCGCGCCGCAGCCGCUUCCUGCCGGGCCCGCGGCAGCCUGGCCCCGGGCUGCCGGACGGAGGCGGGCGCCGAGCGUGCCGCGGGCUCAGGUCCCUAACCAGCCAAGAUGCCCAUCCGCGUGGAUCAAAUGAUGCAACUGCUUUGCAGUGUUUCUCAGGAGAAGGGAAUGACAGCAGCUGUCAAGCACUCUGGUAGAGGAGCACUCCUAGCAGGUGCAACUGCAUUUGUUGGGGGUUUGGUUGGAGGUCCACCUGGCAUCGCUGUAGGAGGAGCACUUGGUGGACUGCUUGGUGCCUGGAUGACCAGUGGACAGUUCAAGCCAGUCCCUCAGAUUUUAAUGGAGUUGCCUCCUGCGGAGCAGCAGAAGCUCUUCGAUGAAGCCAUUGCAAUAGUCAGGAAUCUAGACUGGACUGAUAUUGCUCAGCUGACUGCACUUGUCAUGGGAAGUGGUCAUCUCCAGCAGCAGUUGGCAGGAGUGGUGAUAAAUUACCUCACCAGAGAGCUAAGUGCAGAGAUAAAGUAUGGGGAAUAAAUCUUCCCAGAGAAUGUUUUUAGAUUGUAGUGAAUUUUACUCUGACAGUUGUGAUUCUUCAAUGUAUCAAUUGUUAGUUAGCUUUACUAGUUACAAAUGUAGGCAGAUCUAAGUAUUACCUUUUUUUUUUAGCACAAGUUAUUAUAGGUUUAUUGUAUUAUCCUGUCACUGCCUUGCUGUGUUAUUUGAAGUACUGUGUAGUGGGAUUGAAUUCAAGAUCACUGAAGGGAAUUCUGGUUCUCUUGCCAGAUAAUGUAGCACUAGGUAAAAUUUUCAAAGUCCUUGUAUUUUAUUUAGGAGAUGUAAACCUGUUUGUUGAAGUGCUUUAAAUUUCUUCUGUGUAUAGCAUGAGUGCUAAAGUGUCGAGGGCACUUAGAAGAAUUUUACCUGGUGCCCGAGUAUUACAAGGGAAAGUUGCAAGAAAUUAUUUCUACUGUGAACUCACAA